CUCCACUCGAGAAGCAGUCUUUCUGUCUCGGGUCAUAAUGAGGCUCUCUGAACGGACAACGAGUCGUCUCAGUCGCGAAAGCGUUAUCUGGCUGUCUCGGACACUGUUGAAGAAAAAAAAGUCAUGCUCGUGAAACAAUUCACGGUCUCGCACGCUGGAUUCCUGUUGAACUUCCUGACUCGGCUCCUCACGACUCGCGUGAGCGGUAUUGUGUACCGACACAUUGUCUUGGGGAUUUCGUACGGAUUAUGGAGACCUGGCAGUUACAGCAUCCGGUGGUCCCUUGUGAGACUCAGGAGCCUGUCUCCGCUGGUAUACCCGGAGGUUCGUCCAUUUUUUCGACAUGUCAGGAGGCAACUUGAUGCGAGACGGAAGUCAAGGCGAAGAGUUCUCAUUAGAGAACCAGAGGAGCGGCGAUGAGGUUCUCGGCCAGAGCGGAGGUGACAGGCAGCUUU